AUGCUUGGAAUUCUAAUGGGAACUACCUUUUUUUCUGUUUUUGGUAUUGAUCGUAUCAGUUGUAGAGUAGAUGCUUGGAAUUCUAAUGGGAACAUGUUGGCAUUUGGUAGUUUACGAGCAACAUUGCCUUUUGAUCCAGCUUAUAAUUUCUACAAUGCAUACGCUAGACUUAAGGGAUUUGGUGUUCGCAAGGGUCACACAACUUGGUCGAGAAAGAAAGAUGCAAUCAUAUCUAGAAUAUAUGUAUGUGACAAGGAAGGAUUUAAAUUUUUAAAAGAUAAAAGAGAAGAUGGUCGGAAUGUAGUUCGAAAGUUCGAUACAAGAUGUGGAUGCAACGUAAGGAUGGUUAUUAGACUCGAUAGAAGCACUAAAAAAUGGGUGGUUCGAAAUUUAAAUAUUAAUCAUAAUGGUCAUCCAUUAACCACCCCAAAUCGGGUAAAGAAGCACUACUCACAUCGGACACUUCAUCGAGCUCAAUCGACAAGAAGGUUGAUAGAUACUCUUGACAAUCAAGGUUUACGGCCUUCUACCAUUUGUAAGGUUGUAGAGCAGAAUGUUGAUGAGCCUAUUGGCGUUGAAAAUGGUGAAGACUUAAGGGAUUUGGUGUUCGCAAGAAUGAGCAAGGCUCUCUCACUCAACAAGAAUGCCAAGCACAACUUAGAAUUAAACGAAAAAAAUAAUGUCAGUCAUGAGUGCGUGAGCAUAGUUCGUCAAUUUCAAGAGAAAAAAGCAUCUGAUCCUCAAUUUUACUUCGCACUUGAUUUAGAAAAUGAUGGGAUGAUGAGAAGUGUUUUUUGGAUGGAUGGUAGGUCGAAGACUUCUUACUUGCAAUUUGGAGAUGUUGUUUGCUUUGAUGUUACAUAUAGAACGAACAAUUUAAAAUUGCCGUUUGCACCAUUUACGGGCGUUAACCAUCAUCGACAAUCUACUCUAUUUGGGUGUGCAUCACUGACCGAUGAAACGGAGGAGACAUUUAUAUGGUUAUUUAGCCAAUGGUUAAAAUGUAUGUCGGGUGUAGCACUAUUAACAAUCAUCACUGAUCAAGAUAAAGCUAUGUGUGGUGCAAUUCAUAAAGUUUUUCCUCAAACUCGUCAUCGCUUUUGUUCGUGGCAACUUCAUAGGAAUACCUUACAAAAUCUUCAAUCAAUGCAUAAUGAAUAUAGUGAGGAUGUGGGUAUAAAGUAUAACAAAUGGUAUUGGAGUAAAUCAGAAGAAAAAUUUGUAAAGCGUUAA